AUGUCGGGCAGCACGCCAACUGUGAGGAAUGGCUCCUGCCUCUGCGGCAGCAUCAAGGUCCGCAUGGAGGGCGAGCCGUUCCGGACGAACCUAUGCCAUUGCAGUUCGUGCCAGAAGUUCUCGGGCGGUAUCUUCGCCUCGCUCGCCGUGUACAAGACGGAUCAAGUAACCUACACCCCCUCCUCGCCAUCCGUCAUGAAGACGUUCACCGACACGACCCCCGAGUCCGGCAGGGUGCUCCUGCGAUACUUCUGCGGGACCUGCGGCAGCCCCGUCAAGGGCGCGCGCACCGGCCGCGACGCCGACUUCGUCGUCGUGCCGCUCGGCAUCAUCGACGGCGACACGGCUGGGGCCGGCCUCAAGCCCCAGGUCGAGUUCUUCUGCCGCAGCCGCGCCGACUGGAUUGGUGAUGUUGUGGGGGGCGCGGAGGGUUUUGAGACGCUGCCGCCGCCGGCUGCUUAG